AUGUCCCUGAGCCGGAGUCCAUCUCCCGUCCCGGGUGGAGGAUGGUCCUCUCCGGGCCUAAAUAUGAACGGCAGCGGCAGAUCAAGCCCGGCAAAGAUGUCGUUUGGUGGUCCAGCAAACGGGGCUGUCACAUGGGAAUCUGCGCGACUCAAGAGCCAGGGCGUCGCGGGCUACCCGUCCUUCUCGACCCAAAAUCAGGGCUUCUUCACUCGCCACAUGCGCCGUAUAUCGAGUAGUCUACCCUCUUUCAACGUUGGCGCCGAUGAUAGAUAUGUGGAAAAGGAGAAGCUUGGACGACGUCCCUGGAGGAUUCCUUUUAUUGGAAGAGUCAGGGCCAUGUCGGCACGACUAGGGAGAAAAUGGAAGAUCCGCGCACUCGUGCUUGCCAUAUUCCUGGCCUGCUACCUCCUAUUCUACAUAACGCCUCUUUGUUACUACUGGAGACGAACCAGCUGGCUCGGAGGUGGCGAGAAAUUUGUCAUCAUCCUGGCGGCAAACGUGGGGGGUGGUGUGAUGGAGUGGAAGGGCGCACGAGAGUGGGCGAUCGAAAGAGACAGCGUCAGGAACAAACGGAAAUAUACCUCGAGGUGGGGAUACGAGCUCGAGAUUGUCGACAUGAGUACCAAGAAGCGUUAUGCGCACGAAUGGCGCGAGAGCUGGGAGAAAGUCGAUAGUAUUCGGAACAGCUUCAGGAAAUAUCCAAAAGCUGAAUGGAUUUGGUGGCUGGACCUGAACACCUUCGUGAUGGAGCCCUCCUACUCGCUCCAACACCACAUCUUCGACGACCUCAACAAGCACAUAUAUCGCGACAUCAACGAGUAUAAUCCACUCAAUAUCUCUCACCCCCUUACAGGCGACUAUCUCGACCCCGAUUCACUCAGUCCCAUUGGAGAUGGAAGUCCCGAUUCCGUCAACCUAAUAUUGCCCCAGGAUUGCUCGGGCUUCAACCUGGGGUCGUUUUUCGUCAGACGAAGCGAUUGGACUGAUCGGCUCCUAGAUAUAUGGUGGGAUCCAGUAUCAUACGAGCAGAAGCACAUGCAGUGGGAACACAAGGAACAAGAUGCUCUUGAGCAACUGUACACGACACAACCAUGGAUUCGGAGCCAUACAGCUUUCCUUCCACAGAGGCUCAUCAACAGCUUCCCGACCGGAGCUUGUUCCGACAACGGCAACGACACUCGCAUUCACUACAACCAGGACGAUCGAGAUUUCGUCGUCAACAUGGCAGGCUGUGAAUGGGGCCGCGAUUGCUGGGGAGAAAUGUACAAUUUCCGCGAGCUUUCGUACUAUCUCAACCGGAACCCCUGGGAGAGGUUCAAGGAAGACCUAAUCGCGGUGAUUUGGUUCAAGCUUACUGGCCAGAAGGUCAAGUUAUAG